CCACAACAGCUAGGCUAAGCUAAGCAAACAUACACAAAGCUUCACUCGAGUGACGGAAAGCCGAGUAGGACAAACUAAAAGAAAACGCGAAUCCUCUGCCUUAAGAUGAAUGGAUUGAGUCGUGCUCUUUGAACCAGACUUUUAGCUACAGUUUUACAAGAAAUAGCACGUCCUACAUGCGUGUUGUACUACAGGAAAGGAUACGAAAGAACAAGGUUUAUUUUGUUGUCAGUAAUAUAAGUGUGUUGUUAGUGUGAAGCCUGAUUAUGGAGGCUUGGAAAAGUCACGUGCGAUCAGCACUGAUUUACAGGGACUGCAGUCAGAAAGAGCCUUUCUAUGGACUCUUCACUAAAGUGUCUAGAUUAGAAGAAAUGUUAAGUCUGCACACAGAUGUGUUGGAAGAUUUGGAGAGAGGCAGAACACAGAGUCUAAAUAAAAAUGGAGUAUUGCAAUGCCCAGGUGAGGAGAAAAAUCCAUCCAUACUUUAUCUGCAGCUCAAAGAAGAUGAGCAAGUCAGAAAAAAGCUUCACCAAAAAGUCUCAGACCUGACCAGUGAUCUUUACAUGAAGGAAGCAGAGCUGCAGUACUGUCACUCACAAAUAAGCCGUUACCGCAGUGAAGCUGUGCUUUUGGCUAGAGGAGCAUGUUGUGUUAAAAACGAGCUGUCUGAGUAUGAGUAUCAAUUGGAAAGUCAGUCAAAGGUGUUGGCCGCAUUGCAAUUGGAGCAGAAGACACUGAGGGAGGAGCUGGCUAUUGCUUAUCAAGAGAAAGAGGAGCUACUGGAACGCUGGUUAGAGGAGAAAAGAGAGGAGGCAGAGCGAAUUAAUAAGCACAAUGCUGCACUGGAAAGGUGGCGUAAUUACGCUGGUCGACUGAGCAAGCGUCUAUAUUCCAGGCCUCGUCAGCAAAUACGGCCGACUGCUAACCCCCAAGUUAUCCAAAGAGAUCCAACUGAUCAUCCAUCAAACAAGAACAACUAAAUACUUCAUUAAUUUUCUUUUAAACUCAAUUUACUAAAAAUUUGCACUUUAGUAAAUCUUAACUUUAUAAAUAAUGUACAUUACAUUUUAAUGUGAAUUUCAAAACAAUACUACAAUAAAGUUAAAAAAAAAAUGUUUUGAAUUACAAUACUAAAUAUAUAUAUUCGAU